AUGCAGCCUGAGGUACAUCAACAGCUACUCCAAAAAGUUCAGGAUCUUGAGAAGCCCUUGUUUUGCCUGAAGGUGACAGUAAAGCAGGCCAAAGGCAUUCUUGGAAAGGAUGGGUACAGUGAUCCCUACUGUCUGCUGGGCAUUAUUGAGCAGGAGGUGAGCGUGCCAGAGGGCAGCUCAGGGCCAAAUCGGCGACGGCAGAAGGCCGUAGUGAAGAACACAAUCCCUGAAGACCAGACACACCGGACUCAGGUCCUCAGCCAGACCCUCAGUCCUGUGUGGGAUGAGACUUUUUUCCUGGAAUUUGAGGAUAUCACCACUGCCUGUUUCCAUUUGGACAUGUGGGAUGCAGACCAGGUGGAGUCUGUGAGGCAGAAGUUGGGGGAGCUGACAGAUUUGCAUGGCCUCCGGAGGAUCUUCAAGGAAGCACGGAAGGGACAAGGGUCAGGAUGACUUCUUGGGGAAUGUGUCCUGAGGCUGCAGGACCUGCGCUGCCGGGAGGAUCAGUGGUACCCUCUGGAACCACGGACAGAGACUUAUCCAGAUCGAGGGCAGUGCCACCUGCAAUUUCUGCUCAUUCAUAAGCGGCGCGCCACCACUGCCAGCCGUACCCAUCCCAGCUAUACUGUGCAUCGCCACCUCCUUCAGCAGUUGGUCUCUCAUGAGGUCACUCAACACCAGGCUGGUAGCACUUCCUGGGAUGGCGAGCUGAGCCCCCAGGCCUCUACCAUUCUCUUCCUCCAUGCCACACAGAAAGACCUAUCUGAAUUCCACCAGUCUAUGGCGCAGUGGCUGGCUUAUAGCCGACUCUACCAGAGCCUGGAGUUCCCAGGGAGCUGCCUGCUGCACCCCAUCACCGCCAUCGAGUAUCAGUGGAUACAGGGAAGGCUGAAACCAGAGCAGCGGGAAGAAUUGGCUGCCUCUUUCAAUUCCCUACUGACCUAUGGACUCUCCUUGAUCCGGAGGUUCCGAUCUAUAUUCCCCCUCUCAGCCUCUGGCUCUCCAGCUCGUUUGCAGUCCCUCCUCAGGGUCCUGAUACAAAUGUGUAAGAUGAAGGCAUUUGGGGAGCUGUGCCCUAAUGGGGCACCCUUGUCUUCUCUGGUGACUGAGGUGCUACGGAAAGGCACCCUCGAGUGGUUUCAUCUGAAGCAGCAGCACCAUCAACCCAUGGUCCAGGUGAAAGGCAGGGAUGGGGACAUGCAAGAAAUGUGUAAGGCCAUAUUGAGCUUGGUUCUAGAUGUCAGUGGGGAUCUGCAUCAGUGUCAGAGAACCUGGAACAAAAUCUUCAACAACACACUGAAGAUAGAUCUUUUCUCCAUGGCUUUCUUGGAGCUGCAGAAGCUUGUGGCCCAGCGGGUAAAGGAACACAUGGAGAUGGUGGGUAGCAUCGUGUCCCCAGAGAUGGGGGAGAGCUUAUUCCAGCUCUAUAUUAGCCUCAAGGAGCUCUAUCAGCUGGUCCCCCCUCCUUCUGAGAGGGAUAGUGCCCUGGAUCUGGAUGGCUUCCACAAAUGGUUCAUCCCAGCCAUCCCUGCCUGGCUGCUGAAGACCUAUAGCGUGGCAUUGGCUCGGCUACAGCGGGCAGUGCAGAUGGACCAGCUGGUCCCUCUGGGUGAGUUGAUCAAGCACAGCACGUCUGCCGUUGAUCUGUCCACAUGCUUUGCCCAGAUUAGCCACACUGCCCGACAGCUAGAUUGGCCUGACCCCGAGGUCUCCUUCAUGAUCACAGUCAAGUUUGUUGAGGAUACCUGUAGGCUGGCUCUGGUGUACUGUAGCCUAAUCAAAGCUCGAGCCAAGGAACUCUCUGUCAACCAGAAGGACCAAGGACAGGCGGCUAAUAUGCUGUGCGUAGUGGUAAAUAACAUGGAACAGCUUCGGGUGGUGGUACUGAAGCUCCCGACCCAACUGGCAUGGAAGGACCUAGAACAGUGGGCAAGGACCAUCUUAGAGCCCGAACAGCUGCAGCAUACACUACAUGCCCAGCUACAGGGUGCCCUGGCUGGGCUGGACCAUGAGAUCCGAAGUGGUGUUCGAACCCUGGCUGAGCAGUUGGAGGCUGGCAUUUCUAGACACAUCCAGAAAAUUGUGGGCACCAGAGAAACCACUUUGCCUGAAGAUGCCAUCCUACCUCUGAUGAAGUUCUUAGAGUCAGAGCUUCAUUACAUGAACAGGAAUUUGGUGCAGGAAAACUUUAACAGUCUCCUAUUGCUGCUCUGGACUCAUACCCUCAGCGUGCUCACCCAAACAGCUGCAGCCCAGAGGGGUUCACCCCUUACCUCUCAAAAGCUGAAGACUGCCCUGGAGAACCUAGAGCUCUGUUUUUAUGCUGAGGGCUGUGGCCUGUCCCCUGAAGCCCUUCACACACCUUCCUUGCAGGAUCUUCAGAGGAAGCUGGAACUGCAGGCAUCCUCCAGUCAGCAACUCAUUCAAAGAUAUUUCAGCAAUCGCAUUCAGCAACAGGUGGAUACCACUUCAGAGGAGUUUGGGGCCAUCACCAUCAAGGCCUCCUAUCGACUCUCAGAACAGAAGCUGCGGAUCGAGGUGCUCAGUGCCUCCAACCUGCUACCCCUGGACUCCAACGGCACCAGUGACCCCUUUGUCCAGCUGACCCUGGAGCCACGACAUGAGUUUGCAGAGGUGGCCCCUCGGGAGACACAGAAGUUCAAAAAGGAGCUGCACCCCCUCUUUGAUGAAGCCUUUGAGUUCUUGGUGUCUCCAGAGUCGUGCCGGAAGGAAGGCAAUUGCCUCCUGCUCACUGUGCUGGAUCAUGACAGGCUAGGGACCGAUGACCUAGAGGGAGAGGCCUUCCUCCCUCUCAACACCGUCCUGGGGCUCUCUGAGGACAAUAAUCCUAGCCAGGUGCCUCAGACACGUUUGGCUCUCACCUACCCUGCCUCUAAUGGGGACCUCAUCCUGCAGCUGCUGGACAUAAGGAAGAGUGAUCGGGAAGCUCAAGCUUUUGUUAAACUCCGGAGGCAGCGUGCCAAACAGGCUGAGCGUUUGGGGCAGUAAACUGGCCAGGUCCUGCAUGGGCCCAGGAGCUGAGUUAGGCCUAGGAUCUUCCCUUCAUCUCUUACCAGAGUAGAUACUCCUCACCUGCCCAGCCCAGCACCCCUAAGCUCCUGAGUGAUUAGGGGUUGACACUGACCCUUGAAGGGUUCAGAAUGUCACAGUAGAAGUCCACUGUCGUAAUGACUAGAAGGGGUAUGUAUGUGUAGAAUGAACCCCCUGGGGAUCCCGCCAAACCAUUAUGCCUCCACCUCCUCCUGGUUUUUUCCACUUAGGUCCUUAAGAGGAAUGGGCAACAACUGUCCUCCUCUCCAGUUCAGAGACAUUCUUCAAAACCGGGAAAACACUCCGAGGUAGAAACGGGGAAGGGAGAGACAAGAGUCUAUACUAGAUGCUUAUCCUUUCUCACAGGAAAAAAAAUGUUCUGGUUGAACUUUGUUCCAACAGUCAUGGUCAGAGUCGGGGGACUUCAGGGACCAUCAAAUCCAAGCCCUUGUUUUUUUUUGUUUUUUCAGGGCAAUGGGGGUUAAGUGACCUGCCCAGGGUCACACAGCUAGUAAGUGUCAAGCAUCUGAGGCCGGAUUUGAACCCGGGUACUCCUGAAUCCAAGGCCAGUGCUUUAUCCACUGCGCCACCUAGCUGCCCCCCAAGCCCUUAUUGAGAAGAAAACUGAGGCCCACAAAAGGGGUGACUUGCCCAUAGUAAACGGCAGAGGCAGAGCAAUAAUAAUUCAACUCCGCGCCCAGUGGGUGAGCCUCCUCCUACCUGCUUAGCCCCCGGAGUACAGGAGACAGAGCCCUCAUCAGGUUCCCUGGCUCUUUGCUCCCUUGUGCCUCGUGGCUCUGGAACGGGGGUUGACAGUUGGAGGGAGUAGGAUGCUGCUUUGGUGACACACCUGGGUCUAACCCUCGGCAGCAGACCAGGGAAAAGAUGGCUGGGAGCUGAGCCCUAUCUUCUGGGCUCGGGGAAUAGACAAGACUCUGGUUGUGAUGAGCUACUGGGGACUCCUGUUCUCAAAGUUCCUGGAGCCUAGAUCGAGAGUCAGAAGAGUGAAAGGAACUUGGGAUCUGAUUGACAGGUCAUCAACUUAAGGAGUCAAAAGCUCCGCCUUCCCUGCCCCUGCAUUGAUUUUUCUUUCUUAGCCGAAACAAUA